AAAUGUUUGUAAUUACAUAGUCUUCAUUUCGUCUCAAGAAACAUAUGUUUGUUAACUAACUUGAUUUUUUCAAAUCCUUGUAGUAUGGUGGUUAGGUUAUAGAUUGGGUGAAAAGUUUUAUAAUAUAUCUAUUAUAUUACGAAUAACCUAUUUAUAAGCAUAUCUAUUGUAUUUGAAUAUUCCUGCACUUCAUGAUACAAGUACACAAAAGUACAUCAAGAUGUCAAUUCUCUAUCACAAAGUUUCCGAUCUAUUAGAAUGGAUAGAUAAAAAUGGAGAUUCAAGAAUUAAAGAUAUGUUUUUAAUGGAUUCUCCGUGGCCAGUUUUGAUUAUUCUUGCCGCUUAUCUAUACUUUGUUCUAAAAGCUGGACCAAACUUUAUGAAAUAUCGUAACCCAUUGAAAAUUGACCGUAUUGUGAUGGUGUAUAAUGUUGUCCAAGUUUUAUAUUCAUCCUAUCUAGUAAUAGAGGCAAUUCGGUUAUUUUGGCAACGAGGUGUCAACAAAAUAAUCUGCAUUGAAAUUGAUUAUAGCGAUACAGAUUUAGCUAGAAACAUAGUACGUGCUACUUGGGCUUACUUCUUUUCUAAAGUCUUAGAUUUGUUGGACUCGAUAUUCUUCGUAUUACGUAAAAAGCAAAGUCAAUUGACGUUUUUACACAUAUACCACCAUGGAACGAUCUUAAUAUUUAGCUGGUCUAUAAUAAAAUUCUAUCCAGGAGGACAAGUCACCAUAUUUGGGACCCUAAACUCAUUUGUUCAUGUUGUGAUGUACAGUUACUACUUGUUGACAAUUUCUAACCCAGAAUACAAAAAAGCAUGGUGGAAAAAAUACUUAACACAAUUGCAACUGAUUCAAUUCGUUAUCACUAUUCUUCAUGGUUGUUUAUCAUUAUUGGCAACAGACUGCAAUUAUCCCAAAUUUAUAAUAAUAUUAUCAAUUUGUCAGAAUAUUUUUAUGAUUAUUUUGUUCUGGAACUUUUAUAAAAAAGCUUAUAAGCAACUUAAAAAUAAACCGAAUUAA